UGUGCUUGAUGGCGGCCCUGGGUGUGGCUCUCCCAACCGGCUACAAUGUUCCCAUCCCUUACAACUUUGAUUACGGAGUGAGCGCCGGGAACAACAACUUCGGCCACCAGGAGGCCGGUGACGGCCACAACGUGAAGGGUUCGUACUUCGUGCACCUUCCCGAUGGCCGCGUGCAGACUGUGAAUUACUGGGCCGACGGAAGCGGCUACCACCCCACCGUCACCUACCAGGGCACCGCUAGUUACCCCAGCUAUGCUCCCUCCUAUGGUUACCACUGACACAC